GCGCCGUCGUGAACACGUCACGUUUAAAGCCGCCAUAGCUGAGGCAGCAGACCGUGAACACAACGGGAGCCCACGAACUCGUCAGCGGACGUGUAUUUGAGGUGGUGUGUCACAGAGUCUGUAGCACAGGUUUCAUCCUCUGUCCUUCCUCCAUCUGUAGAUACUGAGCGCGGACAUGGGACUCGACGUCCUGCUGUUCUGGCCGAAUAUUAUUGGAUACAUUAGGAUCGCUCUGGUGUUUGCUGCGUGGACAUACUUUGAGACACCGACACUGUUUGUCCCUCUCUACUCAGUCUCCAUAACACUUGAUGGAGUGGAUGGGUGGCUGGCGAGGAGGCUGGGUCAGACCUCUAAAUUUGGGGCCUGGCUGGACGUAGUGGUGGACAAUGUUGGCAGAGGAAUGCUGUGGGGCCUACUGUUUAAGUGGGGUUGGCUGGUGUCUUCAGUGGAGUGGUGUGUGUUUGUGUGUAACCACAGCACCAGAGGCGACCAGUGGAAGAACAGCUUCAGCAGCAGCCCGGCUCUCAUACAGGCCGUCAUGGCAAACGGCUUUCGGACCGUGCUGGGCACGCUGGUGGUGAGCGGGCUGCACUGCCUCCCUCUGUGGCUGUAUGUGUGUGAGUGGGAUUUACUGCCUCUGUGGAUCCAGGCUGUGGGGACGAUGGUGCUGGCUGCAGGCCGACUCCUGGCUCUGUCAGUGGAGAUAUGGUGCAUAUGGAUUCAUGUUAAAUACCUCACUGAUGACGAGCCAGAGAAAAAAAGCUGAGUGCCUCUGAACAGAAUCACAAGGGUUCAAACAUGUCCCGUGGUUUGCAGAAAAGUCAAAUAGCAAAACUCAGACCAGGCUGUGGAGCUGACCUAUGAUGUUACACUGUUCACCUCCUCACCUCGGUGUUAUAUGUUUUGUGCUACUAAAUAGCCAUAAUUGCAGUUGACACUCAUGUACGCAGGGCUUACUUACAUUGCACUUGUGUGGGAACAAUCAUAUUUAUUGUUAAUGCAUGACCUAAAGGGAUAUGUGUGUGUGUAUUGUUAUUUUUGCUUUGUGUGUCACUCACACAUUAUAAUGGUUUGCACUGGUUUGACAUAUAUCACCCUUGUUUAUUUGUAUAUUUGUGAUAUUUAUGCAGAUUAUGUUGAGGGUUGUUAUUAUCUCAGUUUGUUUGAGAGAAGUUUCUGCUUUAAUAAA